GGGGAGGAGGCAGCGCAGGAGUCAGGAAUUCUGUCUGUGGUGCCCACCGAGCGCUGGACCAGCGACGGUCCUGUGCACCUGGCCUGCGCGCGCGCGCUGCUCCAGGUCCCCCAGGCCCAGGCGCCGGCGGCUGCGGGAGGCCAGUGGGGUGUGCGGAGGGAGGCCAGGAGGGCGCGGGCGCCCUGUGCGCGAAGCAGGCGUGAGGCGGCCGGGGGCCGGGACGCCAUGUCGAUGGAGGACCCCUUCUUUGUGGUGAAAGGGGAGGUACAGAAAGCAGUCAACACUGCCCAGGGGUUGUUUCAGAGAUGGACAGAGCUCCUCCAGGACCCCUCCACGGCCACGAGGGAAGAAAUCGACUGGACCACCAACGAGCUGAGAAACAACCUCCGCAGCAUAGAGUGGGAUCUAGAGGACCUUGAUGAAACCAUCAGCAUAGUUGAAGCAAAUCCUAGAAAAUUCAAUCUCGAUGCAACCGAGUUGAGUAUAAGAAAAGCCUUCAUCACAAGUACUCGGCAAGUUGUCAGGGACAUGAAGGAUCAGAUGUCAACUUCAUCUGUGCAGGCAUUAGCUGAAAGAAAAAAUAGACAGGCGCUGCUAGGAGACAGUGGCGGCCAGACCUGGAGUGCUGGGAUGACAGAUAAAUAUGGGCACCUCGACCGCGAGCUCCAGUUAGCCAACUCCCAUUUCAUUGAGGAGCAGCAGGCACAGCAACAGUUGAUCGUGGAACAGCAGGAUGAGCAGUUGGAGCUGGUCUCUGGCAGCAUCGGGGUGCUGAAGAACAUGUCCCAGCGCAUUGGAGGGGAGCUGGAGGAGCAGGCAGUUAUGUUGGAUGAUUUCUCUCACGAGUUGGAGAGCACUCAGUCUCGGCUGGACAAUGUGAUGAAGAAACUUGCAAAAGUAUCUCACAUGACCAGUGAUCGGCGCCAGUGGUGUGCCAUAGCCAUCCUCUUCGCCGUCCUGCUGGUCGUGCUGAUCCUCUUCCUAGUGCUGUGAGGGGUGACGUUCCUCCCACGCACAACGCACAAACCCGAGGGGAGCAGGAGAAGCAGCACGCCGACGUUGCCGUCUCCUCACGUUCCUCUCCGGAAAACAGCCCGCACUGACUUUUCUCUUUGUGACCCCACAAUUGAGACAGCUCCUCCGUCCCCACACUGCAAGGGCCGUGGGAAGAGGAAGUAGACGACUGCACACUCCUGGCGCCGCCUGUCCUGUUCUGAGGACAACGGGCCACUGCUUUGCCUCCCUGGACCUCAUUCCCCCUGGAGGGCCUCUGAGGAAUCCAGAAAAAUUCGCAGACUCAGUGUUGGCCGUGGCUCAUUCCCUCCAUCUUUGGCAGCUCUUUUCUCCUGCUCAGCCCCUUCCGCUGCUCGGCACGCCGCUGUUCAUCCAAAAGAACCCUGUCAGGAAUGUGGCUCCGGGUAGGUUUCCUUUCCCACUGUGGUAGCAUUCCUGAGCCCCCGAGAGCUGGCUGUUAAUGGGGACAGAGGGCUCAGAAGCAGUUGGUGACAGAAAAUGGGGUGAUUCAUUUUUCAGGGAUAAGUGGUAGGAUAAAAUUGCUUUUCCAGGCACCUUUUUUUGUUGUAGGAAUAACUAAUGGGAAAUAAUGAAAGGCGCUGGGCUUCGGGGGUGCUGACACCUCGUGGCUUGAAUCGAAGUGGGGAGGAAAGGGCAGCAGGACCUGAGUGCACUGCCGAGGGCGGGGCGGGCGAGGUCACGGAGGUCAGAGCCUUGCUGGAUUCCUGUUGCUGUCCUACAGCCUCCUCCCCGGAGGAGCAGCUUGCAUUUUUGGGGUGACCCUAAGUGUCUGGCUGCUGAGCGGCUCAGCGGCGCCCUUGAGCGGGUUAAGACGGGGAUUAGCCUCAUGGACAGUUACUUUAUCCCUGUGUCUCUGCACUGAGUGAUGGGGUUGGGAGUGGUUAACACGUUGAUGACAUUUACUCAUUUACGGUAAUGACAAAAAAGGCUAGUUCUGGACCAGACUUUUCUCACCAUCACAAGGAUUGGUAGGUGAACUUGGUUCUGCUUUCCCAAGAUGACAACUCGAUCUGAUCAUCCAUUCGGAUGACGUAGCCAACCCAAAUCUAAAUGACAGACGCUUUAAUUGAGUUUUAGUAGCUGAAACUGCUGAGACACUAAACUUCAAGCUUCUGAUGACUUUAAAAUGCCUCCAGCGUACCUGUAUACAUAGGAUAUUUUUAUAACCUCCCUGGUAAAGAACCUAGCACUGCCGUCGCAGCUGAACCCAGUACCUGAGCGCGGCGUGGGGGCUGCGCACCCCUCACUGUCGUCUUGUGCUCUUGGAAAGCACAGCGACGUUGGGCAGAGUUCUAGCUUUUAGUCUUCUUGUUUCCUCAUCUUUUGGGGUCCAUUCCUCAGUACACCUUUUUUUUUUUUUUACUUUUUUUCUUGUUUGUUUUUUUUUGUUUGGGGCUUUUUGUUUUUUUUUUUUUUUUUUUACUUUUUUUGUGAUUUGCAAUGAUGUACUUGCCCAGCUAACUUUUGAAUUGCACUUUUUAAUAAAUACUCGUAACAGUUUUUUAAAAGAAGGAUAUUUUGUCGUGUUUAGGAUCAUGGUAGGUAAGGAGAUCUGCCUGUUGAUGAUCUAAAAGCAGAUUUAUAAAACUAAAGGGGUGGUUGACAUCCACGUUUACACUCUAUUUGAUAUGUAAAUAAGUUAUUUCUUUUCAAAUUAGCAAAAAAAAACAAUUAUUACAAAGGGCUUCAAAUGUAGGGUACUAGAUUAUUUGUUUUACAAAGUUUUGAGACUUAUUCAAAUAGUGUUCUAUAAACUUAGAACAGGGAGGGUCCUUAGAUUUGCAUUUAAAUAUCCAAGUCUUUGUGAAGAAUAAAUGUGGACGUUGUCUCAGUACUAUAACCCACACACUCCACAUUACAAGCAGCACCGGCCUCAUAAGGAAUCAUGCGAUUGCCCUAGUGAAAAGCCAUGCUGUUGUCCUGCUGUUAGCAGAUUUACUGUGCCCCGCAGAGCUGUCGUGUGUGUCAGCAGGGCCUGUUGGGAACACGCGUCGUCAUUAGUGACUAAGAUACUUCCCUAGCUUCAGGGACCACGUCCCAUGACCUUGAGGCUUAGUGACUAAGUGUUUGGCUAUGUUUGGAAUCAGCCUACUACUGACCUCACUGACUUCAGGGGUUUGAUAGAGGGUGGCUCUGGUAGACGCUGAAGAGGGAAAUGUUUUGAGCAAGUUUACUUAAAACACAGGCAUGGCAUGUGUUCUCCCUGUGGGCCUGCUGCUGUCUCCUCACCUGGAAGGAGCUGUUCUUUGAGAGCCGGCCCUGCCCCAAGCAUGACUUCUGGCCUCGCUGGCUUGGCCUGGGUCUGACCCUGUUGUGCCCGGACUGGGCGGUCACUGCAAACAGUGUUCAUUUGAAGGCCCUCCACUCAGACUCCAGACUGUGGCCGUCAAAGAGAACAAGCCAGGAGCUUAGGUUUGUUUUUAAGGACAAAUCUUUCCUCAUCAGUGAUCUAGAGGACACCCAGGUCAUCCCUUACCCCUGUGUCGUAAAAUGGGCAGAGCAGUAGACCCCAGUGACCCCCACACUGCCUAGACGCACAUCUUGUGGCACUUGGGCUUUUUUUCUCCUUAGCACCUGAUCCUGUAGUCGUCACUGGCAGAACAUGAUGGGUGCCAGAGAAAGAGCUCAAUCUAUGUUUACUGGAAGAACAUUUCACAAAUCAGCUGACUUGGGGGUAGAAUGGGGAAUGAACCAUUGAGAGAGUUUGCCAGAGUGCGAAUCCAACUGGAAAACCAAAAUACCUUUACUUUUUAGUCCCAAUUUGUGAUCUUGUCUUUGUGUGGACUGUGAACACAGUGCGCUCUGUGCACCCGCUACCGUGUGGCAAUUGGAAGUCGCGGCUUGUGUGUUACAUGAGGAUCUUCACGCCAGCGCCGGAGGGGGAAGCUUGGGAACUUGCCCAUUAUUCUCUGCUUUUAGCCAGAGUUAAACAGACUGAUGGGUCUGGUAGCCAACAGCUUGGCAACUUCCACUCCUUCUCACCUCGUGAGAUUAAGGGCUGUGAAGAGAAAUCUAGUCUAACUCCAGCAGAAAUCUGUCUCUGUGAAGUGUUGUACCUUCUGUACGUGAAGGGGGCAGAGCCAAGAUUUUUCUUUUGGUAAUUUCCUGGCUGUGAAGUGAGAUGGUUACCUUUCUAGAGAAUUCAUAGCAUUUGAAGAUCUAACAACUGAAUGAUAAAUAUGAGCUGCUUUUCAACGCUGUGGACUUGGACUGCUUGGCUCUACCUUGUGUCGUGCAAUGAAUUUGUAAACAAACCAAAAUUCGGACUGUCUGGAAAGCUGAAGUGCUGAAACAUGGAACGCACCACCUCUAAUUCUCCCUCUCUCUUCCUCCCACUGGCAUUCCUUUCCUGCCCAGGUUUUUUAAGAAUAAUUUUUUUUUAAAGAAUGUUCUUUGUCCAUCAAGAGCAGAGAGAAGGUGAGACCAAAGGGAUCGCAGACUUACAGCGCCCUCCCUCACGCUGUGCCCUCCCUGACCAACGUCAGGUCGUAAAGACACUGCUCCAUUAAAAGGCCUCUGGGGCCAUCGGAGGCACGGUGCUUGCUUCUCCCGGGAUCUCUGCUUCUGUGUGAGGGGUGGUUUAGUCACCUGGCUGGCCUGAUAAGAGGAGGUGGUCUUUCUGUAAUGUCCAGCUGCCCUUCCCAACUCCCAGCCACAAAACAUGCUUAUGCUCAGAAUAAGGAGGUCCUGUUCUCGUCAGGCCUGCGUCUGUCUGUCGCACGUAAACGUGCGUGCCCUUCUUACCUGUGUUGACUUGAGAAUGCUCACUGGGAAACUGCUGUCUAGCAGCAGUGUCAAGUCCAGAAAACCCCGAGAGUUCUGAGUCGAGUCAAACACCCCUUCAGGCGAGAACAGCACUGCUAUGAACCUCCCAGACUAAAGCCUGGUGCCGGGUCACCCAGGGCAGGGCCGAGACUCCAGACUAGCUGACGUCUGGGUUCAGCAUCCCUAACGGUAGACUCACUUGGCUCAGUCCUGCUGUUAGAGGUGAAACAGUUACAGCCCCCCAACAACGUGGGAGGCGUUUGGCAGGUUGCUUUCUGAACUUGGCCCCAGGGAGCCCACAUGCUCCCUGGGACAAGCUUACGGAUUUAAAGCUGACCUCAAUGACAUAAAAGACAGGCUGAUGGUAACUUGUGCUUACCCUUUCCCCCAGCCAUUUGAUGUUUUUUGCUUUUGGACAAACGCUGGAACUCGGGAAGUUCCAGUGGCGCCCUGGCGGUGUUGCUGCGGUCUACGUACAUUUGGGAGUGCUUUGUAGAUACAGCCUCUGCACUAAUACAGACAUUUAGGGAGGUGAGGAAGAAAGAAAAAGAACUUGGUUUCCCUCUGACAUAAGCUGACAUGUUAGUGCUGUUUUCCUUCUGACGUGACCGUUGUCCAGAGAUGCUCUCCCUGAGGCUGUGUGGAUGGGACUGGGCUUAGACAGUGAUGGUCCCGGUUACUGCCCCUCUCCUUGGGUUUCACAUGAACUUUUCAUGGUUUGCCAACUGCAGCCAGACCCUGUGAGAAAAUGUAUUUUACCAUUUUUUUGUUAAGGUUAUGAGUUACCAAACCCUGAAGCCGCUUGCUUACCCAGGGGGUGUUAGAAAUAAGACCACCCAGCCUCAUUGUUCGCUGACCAAAGCUCUCGGGUCCUCCUUCCUGGCCGCAGCCCAGCACUCCACUCCCGCCAAGCUUUCUGUCAGCCCCAGGGUAGGACCAAGUUCAGGGUGGUGCUUUCCUGCUCUGCAGAAAGGAGGUUUUAGCUAAACGGCAGUCAAGGAGCAGUUAAGGUCUGUUCUGGGAGAGGCAGACAUCCUGGUCCUCAGGAAAAGAGUGCCUGUGCCCCCUCGUCUGAGCGAGUAGGAGAGUCAGCCACGUGUCCCACUAAUAAGUUGUUGCAACUACUUCUAAGUGCCAUCUGAUUGCAUCCUGACUGACCCAGGCUAGGCUCUGCUCUCGGGAAACUUCAGAGAAUGCCCAGGGCAAGGGGUGGUCCAGGCACCAGGAAAGGGCCAAAGAGACCAGCUGUAAAUGAUACAGAUUUAGUUUUUGUAAGUGGAAAUAUGCUUUCACUGCUCAUUCGUAAUCAGAAUUGUGUGUAAUUCACAGAAUGUGUGAUACAUGGCAGUACUCAGUAGGACUAAACCAUUGUCUUUUUCUUCCAAGGAUAAAAUAACCUGCAGCGUUUUAUUUUUAAAUAACUAGAAGGUACAAACUAAAGAAGUGAGAUCAAGGAUUAGAUUGCAAACGCCUGGGUGAUUUCCGGAUGGUGCUCCCCGCAACACCCCUGAGAAGAGCACCAGAGCCCUGGUGCCAGAAGUUUACAGCCCUCGCCACAGGUAGAUAGAUUCUUGCUUUCUCUACUCGCUGGGUCUCCAAGUGUGGUGUGGGACCAGCGGCGACAGCAUCCCCUGGGAACUUGUUGGAAAUGCAGAUUCUCAGGCCCCAGCCCAGACCUGCUAAGUCACAGACCCUGGACUGGGGUCAGCGGGCCGAGUUCAACAAGCCCUGCGGGGACUCAGAAGCCCACUCUAGUUUCAGAACCACUGCUACCGCCCCGUGGGAUUUAGGCUGCAGUAAACCGUCCCUCCAAAAUAAAACAUCUUCCACAGCUUUGAUUGUAAUCUUGACAUUAAACUUUGAAGACACUAUAAACUUGAAAACUUUUAAAAAGUAUUUAUGUAAAAAAACCUCAACUAGCCAUCCUUCAAAGUGAUAUUUUUACACCCUGAAGUCUAUCAGUAAUGUUUCUUACUUCUGCUCUUGAAAUCAUGUUACAACUGUAUAAAGAAUACUGUUCCGUAUUAAAGAGAAAUGGAGAGACCAUGA